ACAAGUUGUCUAAAUGUUUGUGGGACUCGUCAUCAACAAGAAAUCAAUUUACAAUGGUUUGAUUUGUUUUCAACUCACAAUUGUUGUUGUAAGAAACUAAAUGUAAACGAAGAGAGCACAGUUUGACGAAAUGGAGGGUGGUGCAGCCACAAAUAUUGUGGCUUCAAUGGUACAGACGCGCUCGAUCGAGAGAGUUUUGGCUCCAAUUGCAGCACAGGUAUCGCAGCUGAUUAUAUUGAAUGAUUCUGCCGAGAGGGAAGGGGGCAAGCUGCCCAAUCUUGUCCCCUUUGCUCAGCAGGUCUUACGGGCCACUGAAGAUUUGGGUCAGGUUGGGCAGACUCUUGUUCAACAGUCCAGAGAUGAGGUGUUGUGUUCUGAAAUGCCCAAGGCGUGUGACCGGAUGAAGUCUACAGGACGCAAUGUUCUGAUGGCUGUUCAAAGACUACAAGCUGAACCACAUUCUGAAGAAGCUAAGGAGAAUAUGGUAACUGCUGCACGGAGACUACUACAAGCAACCGUAAAGGUUCUAUUGGUGUCUGAUGGUGCAGAGGUACGUCGAAUCAUCCAAGCAGCUCGCUACGUCCUGGACAGACUCCGACUGGUGAAAUCUGUGGACUCCAUGAAAGCUCUGGUCACUUCAUUCAAGGCGUUUACUGAAUCUGUAAUGAUGUUAAGCAGUUUGUGUGACAGACGUCAGCAAGAUCUCACCCAACCCCUGAGCAAGGAGCAGAUACUGGUCGCUAUGGACUCACUCAGGAAGUCUGUACCCACGCUCAGUGCUGCUAUGCAGACGUCUGUGAAGUAUCUCAACAAUCCACAAGCCAAGGCAAGUCGAGACUACGUGAUAAACCAGGUUUCGUCUACCGUCUCAGACCUUAUCUCCUUGAUGGAGAGGCAACUAGAAGAUGGUUUAUCUGCAUCGAGAGAUAAAGAGAAGGAUGAUGACGAGGGAGAUCGUAAGGAAGAGGCGGGACACUUUGCGUCCAAUCUUGACAAGUUGAUACGUCUGCUCUCGCCAAAGCACCGUUCCUCCCUAGACCCAGACUUCUAUGGCAACCUGGAGGAUGUGGUCAGACACAGUAUGGCUGUCGGAUCACUGUCCAGAGAGAACCUACAAGAGCAAAUCAUCUCAUCCUGCAAACAGAUCUUGAAGCAGCGCAGCGUCAUUCAUGACCAAUCGGAAGGCAUCAGUGACAACCCGGACUUCAAGCAGCUACGCAGCGACUACGCCCGAACCUGUGAGUGUCUGGCCAAAGAGCUGUUGGUUCUUGAGAAGCUUGUUAAGUAUGCUGUCCUUGGACUGACUGUCGACGCCUUCGUUGAGACAUCAGAGCCACUGGAUAGGAUGAUCAAAGCUGCUACACUCACACUUAAGGAGAAGGGACCAUUGCGAGAGAAGGACUGCAAUAGAAUUUUACAACCUUUGGAGGAGACGUUCCAUGAGCAUGCAGAUAGAAUGUGUCAACUUGGCAGUUUCAUUGCAGUGAGUUGCACUGAUGUUUCCCAAGCUAAUGCCCUCCUGCUCAUUGUGAGAUCCCUUGAGAGGCUCGACCCCGAGGUGCUCCCAGCAUGCCUUGCUGUCCGCCAGGACAUUCUAGACAAAGGAGCCGUUCAACACUUGAAGCUGAUUCGACGAGAGUGGCAGAAUGAGGUACAUCGAUUGGUGGAGGCUGUGAAUGAGCACAUCGACGCUAAUAGAUUCAUGGAAAUUUCAGAAUCUUACAUCGAGGAUGACCUUAAAGAAUGCCAACAAGCUGAGGUCAUAACGGACCGUGACCUCUUAGCGGAGGCAGCCAAUAACCUCUUAGGUCGAGUUAAGAGGGUCCUCCAGGUGGCGUAUAACCAGGUGGAGGCGUCUGACGAGCCGAUAUUCAGGAAUGGAUUGAAGGUUCAUAUCAGCCAGUUAGAGCAAGCAAACAGUCUGAUAAAAAAUGCUGCGCAGAAGGCCCUGUCCCACUUCCAGCACAAGAGGGCGCACCAGCAGCUGACGGAACGAGGCUUGCACCUGUUGGAGUGUGUACACAAAGUGGGCCAAGCAGUUAUUGGACGGGACCAUCCGGACAUCUUGAACCCGCUUAGGGAAAGUGUGAGAAGUGGAAGCACUGCAAAGGCUGAGGAUUUCCCAACUUAUGAUGAUGAAGGUCGUACAUCUCCAAGACGUCUCCGUUUCUCCAAGGAGUCCUUCUUGAGUAAACCUCUUCCUGCAUCAGCUGGAGUCUUGGACUCCGAUCCAAACCUAACCCUGGAAGAUGAAAUGUCAACUCUUAAACUCAAGCAUUCACCAGCAACUAAGAAAAAAGUAAAACCUUUAAAGUUGUCGUACCCCAUGGCUGGACUAGUGAGGGCGCUGUUCACACCUGACCAGGACCCAAGGAGGGUCGGAAGGCUCUGCAUAGAAGCAGAGAACAAGAGCUCAUUCUUGGCCUGCCUUGCUGCUAAGGCGUCGGACUUUACUGGAGACUCGCAAUUGAAAGGGAAAAUUGAUACCCAAGUAUUACAACUCAUUUCUCAUACCUCAACUCUGACGGAGCAGUCCAAGUUGGCAGUAUCGGGCACAGAUUCCGCAAAGAUGGACGUCAACCUCCUAGCCGAAGCUUGGACCUCAUUGGUCAUUGAUAUAGGCUCCGCCCUGAAGGAGAUGAUUGGCUGUUGGGGGCAGCCGGGCAACAGUUUGAUGGAGGCGUCUUUGGGCGGGGCCACUGAGAGUCUACCAAGAGAGAUUGAUGCACUGAACUUGCAUGUGCAAAAGGUAUGUCAUUUGGUACAAGGUAUUACCGAGGCAACUCAAGCUGGCUUCAAUCUCAACCAAUCCAAGAUGUCCGCAUCAUCCACACAAAUCCAGCUGCUGCACAAGGAGGCUUCUGAUUGGACGAAAUUAACGCACAGCCUGAUCAGUGCAGCCAAUGAAACAGUUAUCAACCCAGGUGAGCCGGUGCUGGAGGAUUUGAUAGCAAGACGUUGGCUGGACUGGUCGGUCAAACAGCGGCAACUCAUCUCAAUCAUUGAUGACUACAAUAUGGAAAUGAGUCAUGUGACUAGCUUUUUAGAAACCGUUGCUAUGGAGGGCAGCCAUGAUGAGGUCACUGAGCAUGUGCAGAGAGUGAAAGAUUACGCUCUAAAGAUCGGUCACAUGGUUAAUACCAUAGCGAGCUGUACAUCAGACUUGGCCUGCCAUGAUUCCCUGCAGGAAGGCAGUGAGUCUGUGACCAGACUCACUAAUCUCCUGUCAGAGGCUGUAGUCAGCUGCUCCCGGGUACAGACUGAUGAGCCAUCAUCGGAACGGAAGAACAGGAGUUUGCAGAGAGUUGCCCUGCUGCGGAGAGAAUGGUCUGCGAAGGCACAGCUGCAGCUUAUUCUGAUUGACCAGAUUGUAGGUGAGAUGACUAUACCCCUGGACAGACUGAGUGGAGCAGCAAUGGCAGUCAGCCAAGCCUCAGGUCCCUCCAGACUGGAGCUACUGGAUGAGUUUCAGACCCAGUCCGACUACUUGACUUCUACAGUUUCAGGCAUCCGGCAGGCCUGUGCAGUGGCUCUGAAAUCAGCUCAAGCAGGACCCUUAAAGAUCGCUGUGUUUGCUGCCGUUGAUGCUCUGUGUAGACUAACUCCGAUAGCUGUCACCCAAGCAAGGAAUCUUGCAGAUAAUGUUGUGAUGACCAGAGCAGACGUUGGCAGUGUGAAGAGAGAAUGGGCGUGUAAUGCCAGGGCAGUCAUAGCGGGAUUGAACGAUAUUCCUGAUGCUCUGUCAUCGGCCGUCAAAGAUGUAACUACUGCUCUGAGAUGCAGCAAGCAGAUGCCCGCAUCCAUCUUCCACUCGGCAGGGUCUGCCUACGAGGAGAGCUUGAAGCCCCUCGACACGACUGGUCUGUCUCCACUACAGCUCAACCUCCUUCAGACAUUGCCUAAGCAAGGCACCACACCAGGCUUUGCACCCCGUCACCAUUCCACUCCCACUGCACUGACGAGUGGUCUCCGUUCAUCGCCUGCCUCACCCUCCCGCCUACCCCAGUGGCGUGCCUCCUUGCGUGCCUCAUCUUCUAGUCGUCAUUCUUCUCCAGGAGGACAUCCAAGAGAGACGAACGAAGAUGAGCAAGAUGGAACCAAGAAAACAUGGACCCUAAAAGAGGUGGAAGACCAAAGAAGUAUGUAUCGAACCCGAUCACUGGGACUGCAAGAGUUGCAGAAGACACCGGUACAGCGUUCAGCAACCAGUACCCCUACAUUCUCAACUCCGAAGAUGGAGAAUGAAGCAAGCUUCUUGAAUCACACUUACAGCAAGUGCAGCACAUCCAUUGCAGCAGCAGCAUUGGUUCUUCAACGAGAAGUGGAGAAAUGGGAAGAUGAGACAAAUUCUAUCGUCAGGGUUGCCAAGACGAUUUCAGCUCAGAUGUACGACAUGGCAAGAUUUUCUCGUAGAGUUAAUGAUCAAGCUGCUAAAGAUGAGAUGAUCAACACAUCCAAAGCUAUUGCUGCUAACGGUCGAGUCAUCUUCAGAUUCGCUGAAAUCAUCUCCAAAUACUGUCUGAAUGAAAGAGUUGGCAGUGAUCUCCGCUACUGUGCCGAGAACAUCCCAUCUCUCUGCACACAGCUUAGUAUCAUCGCCAGCGUCAAGACAGCCACACCCAACGAUGACACCACAGACAUCAUCUUAAUGAAGAAUGCAGAUAACUUGAUGCAGGCUGUGUUGAAUACGCUGAAAGCUACGGAGGCGGCUUGUGUCAAGGGGUUGAGGCCGGCUCCGGGUGGAAAUAGAGACGAGGAGGAAGCCACUGCAUUGGCCAUGCAGUGGAGGCUGAAACUAGACCACCAUCGCCAGCAGGAGGCUUCUUCAUACAGUGAGGUCGACGCCCUCGGCUUGAGGAGGUUAUCAAGAAACUCAUCCGCACCAGCUCUAAGUCAAAUACUGAUUCCCCGUUGAUAUAUCGAGAUUAUCUCAGUCCGUAUUUAAAGACACUGGACACUAUUGGUAAUUGUCUAAGACCAGUCUUCUCACUUUGUGUAUCUAAACAUGUGCA